AUGGCAAGUGGAAGUGAACCACAUUUCACCGAAUCACUCUUCGGAUGCACAAAGGACUGCGGUGUCUGCUUAUGGGGUUGCUGCAUACCUUGUGGUGCUCAGUGCAUGCAAGGGAAAGCAAUCGAAAAAGCAACUGAUGGAACUCAAGGCUGUUUCGUCCCAUGCCUACUCGCAAUCUGCUUGGGAUGCAUUGGAGCUGCCAUCAACCGUGGAACUGUGAGAGGAAAAUUCACAAUAGAAGGAGGAUGUAUCGGAGAUUGCUGCACUCAUUGCUUCUGUGGCCCUUGUGCUGCAUGCCAGGAAUAUCGAGAAGUUGCUUUCAGAAAGGGAUUCAAAUAA